AUGAAUGACAUGAUACUAAAUCUUGAAGGGAGCAAAAGAGACAAAUUUUGUAUGUAUCCAAUAUUUUUACAAAUCAUCCUUAACGUAACUCACCCCGAGUUGCAGAGAGGAAAUGAUACUAUGGAUUUCAAAUCCAUUGGUCCAAGUGCCUUUGGACUAAUGAAGCAAAAGAGAGGCGGAAAGUUCGUAUUUGAAGGAAAAUUUCCAAUAAUAAAAUUUGGAAUUUUUAAAGAGGAUGUCAGAGAAGAAUCAGCAGAACAAUCCAUGCCGAUGGAAAAUGAAGAUAUUUCUCUCUCCCCCUCCAAGCCUGAACUGGAGGAGAUUCAUCACUCUCGCACAACUUAUGUAGCUGAUGAGCAUGAUAAUCAGAAAGCAAAUGAUUCAAAAUCUUCUCGAGAGGAUGAUGAUGAUGAUCUUUAUGAAGAUGUGGAAUUUUUGAAAGAAAUCGACUUUACAGGAAUCAAUGACGACAUUCCAACAAACAUAGAAUUUGAUUUUGGUGAUGAAGAUUUUGAUCAUUUUCUUGAUAUUCCCAGCAGUCAUGUAAAUAAAGUCGAUGAAGUUGCUUUUUUAGCAACUAAGACUAGAGAUGAAGGAAAUGUUCUCAAAAUUCUGCUCUCUACCUCAAAGCCCUUGGAUAUCACAAGCUAA